UGAUUUGCAGCCGUGUUGAGGACACAGAGCAGACUCCCUCCACCCUACCCCUCCUCAUUUCAUCGCUAUACGAGGUGACUGGAAUGGAGUGCGUGCAGGGAGACAAGGAGCCGGAUGCGGUGGAGAUGAUCCCAAACGGGAAUCAUAUGGAAGAUUUGACCGUUCCCAUAAAAGUGCCCACGGAGCAGGAAAGGUACGAGGAAACCGAGGGCAACACAGCGGAGUGUGAUGAGUUUCUGCCUCACCCAGAGACCGGCAAGAAAUCAACGCGAUUCAUGGAUUUUGAAGGGAAGACUUCAUUCGGGAUGUCAGUGUUUAACCUGAGCAAUGCCAUCAUGGGCAGCGGCAUCCUGGGUCUCGCUUAUGCCAUGGCGAACACUGGCAUUAUUCUCUUCCUGUUUUUGCUGACAGCUGUCGCACUCCUCUCCACCUAUUCCAUUCACCUCCUGCUGAAGGCGUCCGGCGUGGUCGGAAUCCGUGCGUAUGAACAACUUGGUUACAGAGCAUUUGGAACUCCUGGGAAGUUAGCGGCUGCUUUAGCAAUCACCCUGCAGAACAUCGGAGCUAUGUCCAGUUACCUGUAUAUUGUGAAGUACGAGCUUCCCCUGGUUAUCCAGGCGUUCUUGAACAUCCCGGAGAAAAGCGGCGAGUGGUACCUGAACGGGAACUACCUGGUGAUCAUGGCGACGGUGGUGGUGGUAUUGCCGUUGGCUCUGAUGAAGCAGCUGGGCUAUCUGGGCUACACCAGUGGCUUCUCCCUCACCUGCAUGGUUUUCUUCCUCAUCGUGGUGAUCUAUAAGAAGUUCGAAGUGCCCUGCAUGUUACCGUCCACCGGGAAUAGUUCGCUUCCAGGAGAGGCUGAACAAGAAUACACUCCCAGCUACGAGGAGUACACGCAUGAGGUGCUCCCAGACCAGUGUGUGCCUCACCUGUUCACAGUCAACUCCCAGACCGCCUACACUAUUCCCAUCAUGGCUUUCUCUUUUGUCUGUCACCCGGAGGUUCUGCCAAUCUACACCGAGCUGAAAAAUCCAUCCAAGAAAUCCAUGCAACACGUCUCCAACAUCUCCAUCCUCUUCAUGUACAUCAUGUACUUCUUCGCAGCACUCUUCGGUUACUUGACGUUUUACGAAAACGUGGAGCCGGAACUUCUGCACACUUACAACAGGAUCGACCCCUUCAACACGCUGGUGCUGUGUGUGCGUGUGGCGGUGCUCAUCGCUGUGGCGCUCACUGUGCCCAUUGUACUCUUCCCGGUGCGCCGUGCUAUCCAGCAGAUGUUGUUCCCCAACAAGACCUUCAGUUGGCUGAGACACAUCGUCAUUGCCUCAAUCCUUCUUGCCAUCAUUAACCUGCUCGUCAUCUUUGCUCCCAACAUCCUCGAUAUCUUUGGCAUAAUCGGUGCCACCUCUGCUCCGUGUCUGAUCUUCAUUUUCCCGGCCGUCUUUUACAUCCGCAUCGUGCCCCGGGAAGAGGAGCCCAUGAGAUCAAUUCCCAAAAUCCUGGCCGCCUGUUUUGCUGCUCUGGGGGUUGCCUUUAUGCUCAUGAGCCUGAGUUUUAUCAUCAUUGACUGGUCCUCGGGAGGCGGACGAGCAACCGGAGGCCAUUAGAGACCGAGUUCACCACUGAGCUUGCCCCGCCCCAGCCCAACCCCAACACAACACACACACGAUCAGCGCUCAACAUUGCUACCCUGGCCUCUCAUACGCACACACCACAUACACACACCCACACAUUCAAAUCCAUCCUCAUACAUCCACAAGGAUAUACACAAACAAGCACUCACCCACACAUAUACCCACACACACACUAGUACUGUACAAAUAGAGAGUUUGCACACAUGUCCUGUUUAUAUAAUGUAACUAUAUAGAGUGAUAAAUGGAUGCAGGUAACUUUGCAUUGGAUUUUAUAAAACUGCAACAUUUCUAAGUUAUUUUUAUAGUGCUGCCCAGUGGUGGUGUUUCAUUGUUAGAGUGUGUGCACUAACUGGUAGAGGUUAGGGCGGGGCCGGGGGGUGGGGGCGGGAUAUUUGGGGGAUUUUGUUUUGAAUAAUAUUGUUUCUAUUCUACCCCAUGACAUAAUUAAACACUAGAGCACAGGAACAUGGCAGAGAGGCCGAGGACCAGAGCCCCACCUAUCCUGCCCGCUUACAAUAGAGUAAUGUCAACCACCCUCACUGCCAACUGCAGCCCUCACUGCCCAUUAGCAGGCUCAGAAAGUAUCUGUGACCUCGCUGGUGUUGGCAGUGACCCCUUACCUCCUGAGCCGUACAGGCCCGGCCUGGUAAUGUGUGAGCUUAGCUGGUCUCAGCCUGUGGUUAGUGGGUUUGGUCAGAGAGUUGCCCUGCCUGACCCUAGGAAGAGGCUGAUCAAAAUAAUAAUAAUUGGGUCGCUCAAUCCACUAUUUGUGAGACAA